AAUAGGCAGACAGGACAGGAUUGACUGUUUAAUCAACAAAAUAAGAAAAAAUACAUGGAAAAGAGGCACAUGUGCUCCAGCUCCAGAGUUGCAGGAUUGGUUGCAGUUGCUUUGUGAGGAAAAAGGCACUCUACACGUCAGCAGAAGCAUUCGGUACUUAAUAAUUUGAGUUCAUGAAACUAAUUCCAGGUGACAUUGGAAAACGACUUGAGGAGAUGGUGCAGCUGACAGCUCAGAACCUACCUCAGGUGGAGGUAACCAGUAGUUACACCAUCCUUCGAGAGCUGGGCAGUGGUGCCUUUGGGCAUGUAUUGAUGGCAGUCCACCAUCGCCAAGGAACCCCCAUGGCACUGAAAUUUGUACAUAAAAAAGAUACAGAGCUACAGGAUUUCCUUAGUGAAUAUUGCAUUGCACUGACUUUAGGGGCGCACCCCUGCAUUGCCACUGCCCUUGGGAUUGCCUUCCAAACCCCCCAACACUAUGUCUUUGCACAAGAAUUGGCAUUGUCUCAUGACCUCUUCACUCUCAUGGUGCCAAAGGUUGGUGUACCUGAGCAACAGGUAAAGCGCUGUGCCCUGCAGCUUGCAAGUGCCCUGGAGUACAUGGAAUCCAAAGGACUAAUUCAUCGAGACGUCAAACCAGAAAAUGUGCUGCUCUGUGAUCCUGAAUGUCGGCGUAUCAAGCUGACUGAUUUUGGACUGAGCUGCCCAAGGGGCCAAGCCAUUAAGGCUUUGCCUGAAAGUCUGCCUUAUACUGCACCUGAAAUGUGUAUCCUGGGCCCCAAAGCUAAUCUGGAAGCCCAGCCAAGCCUUGACACCUGGGCUCUCGGAGUGCUGCUAUUCUGUGUGCUAACUGGCUACUUCCCCUGGCUUACAGCUGUGCCCUCUGAUCGGUAUUAUCGCAGCUUUGUCUCCUGGCAUCGUAGCCCCCGUUUUGUAUCACUCCCAGCCCAUUGGGAACGUUUCACUCCCCAAGCAUUAGAAAUGUUGCAAGGGCUCCUGACGCCUAACCCAGCAUUCCGUAGCCCUGCCAAAGUGAUUAUGAAUUACAUCAAAACACCUUGGUUGCUACCGGAAGUAAAGAGUCGUGUCCGACCCAACAGAGAACUGCUUGGCACUACCCGGAGAUGCUAAAGACCAAGAGUGUUGCCAGGAGAAACAAGAGGCUCUGAAACAUCACCUUAGCUUUUAAAGGACCAAAGUUGUCCAUCACCUGAUGAAGAUAUUUUGUUUGGUAAAAAUCAGUGAAGCCAGAGAAAUAGAGAAAAGAUGACUAGGAGACAAAACAAGCUGCUUACUGAGCAAGGAAGGAGAAGCCAACUCAGGGAAAACCUAUGAGAGUUAGUCUUGGAAGUAUUGCUAUCCAAUCUCCUGCCUCUCUUCUAGAUCACAAUUUCAAAAGAUUUGAGUUCAGUCUUUCUGUAAGGACCUGCCUCAGCUAGUCUUUCAAGAAAGAAUACCUUUUGAAUCCAUUAAAUCCAAUCAAAAUAACUUUUACUGAGAGAAAGUGAUUGCAGAAAAGCAAGGCGAAAUCUGAAAAAACCCAUGUGAUGCAAUCAGCAUUUUUUCGUUUCCCGAAAUCUAACCCCCCCCACCUCCCAAUCUACCAGCAGCCAAUGUGUUGCUGCAAGGUUGUUAUGGAAACUGAGGUGCUAGGCAGAUAACAGGUCACCGUCAGGUCAGGAUGGCUGGGAGGGAAGUCCGCUCCAUCUCCGGAGACAAUCUCCCUCCCUAAUUCCCAAGGAGUUACAAUCAAACCAAAAGCAUGAGAAAAUGCCAGCCAGCCUCCCCCCCCCCACUUCCAACAGAAUGGCAGGACACUAUGGUGGGCAUGACACUUUCCUUAAUCAAGAAUUAUCCCUCAAAUUCCUAAAACUUCUUAAAAGGAACCAAGUGAAAAAGUCAUAGCUUCCUUCCUUCAUUGUGGAUCAGAUAAAAUGGAGUCAGUUUAAAAUUUCCUAUGAAUGAAUGGGGUAAAAAUUAGCGACCCUGUUUCCUACAACAGCAGUCAAAUGCAAGAAACUUAUUUGUAUUGUUGUGAAGAACGUUUUUUUUAAUUAGCCCAGGAAAUCUGGAUAUAAAAAAAGAUGAUCAAUGAACAAUUAUAUAGCUCUUUGUCAAAAGCCUUCUUAUAGUAUCUGCUGAGACAUAUCUAACUAAAAGAUGGCAAAAUGAUGUUUUAUUGCAAGAAGUCCUGUGAUUUUUAUGUGACAAAACUGUCCAGAGUUUCUGAGAGCAUAAAAUUGUUUCAGGACCUGAAAUUGAUGCUGUUGUGAUUCUAACACUGUAUGUAUAUAGCUGAUUUAAUGCUAUGAUAAUAUUCAGUUAACUUUAUAGUUGUAAAUAAAAUGUAUAGAUUUAUAUUGUAAACAAUAUAUUGGUGCUUAUAUUCUUUUCAGGUUCUACUGCCUGACAUAUUAUUUUAAAGAAAUAUUAUAUCAGUUUGAAGCUGAGAGACAAUAUUAAAGUAAA